AGCCAGGAUCGUCAGACCAGACAUAGGAUACAGACAACAACAGUGACAGAUCAAGACCGCAUUUCUGACAGUUUGCAACCAGCUAUGGGUGCAGUCUGAAAAGUGGACACAGUAGCGCACCGCAAUAUACCUCGAAGUUUUAUCCUCAUGAAGGAGCUCCGUCCUGGCUGAGUUUGGGAGAUGGGAGUACUCAACAUUGCAGACCAGCCUCCUCUGGUCCAGGCCAUCUUCAAUCGUAAUGCUGAAGAAGUUCAACUAUUAUUGCACAAAAAGGAGGAUGUCAAUGCACUGGACCAAGAGCGCCGUACGCCACUUCAUGCUGCUGCCUGUGUGGGUGACGUCCAUAUAAUGGACCUCCUCAUUGAAUCAGGUGCCAGUGUAAAUGCUAAAGACCAUGUAUGGUUGACCCCGUUGCACAGGGCGGCUGCUUCCAGGAAUGAAAGGGCAGUGGGUCUGCUGCUGAGGCGCGGAGCAGAGGCAAAUGCACGAGACAAGUUUUGGCAGACACCACUGCAUGUGGCUGCUGCCAACCGUGCCACACGCUGCGCAGAGGCCCUGCUAACCCAGCUGAGCAACCUGAACAUGGCAGAUCGCACCGGUCGAACUGCCCUGCACCACGCUGCUCAGAGUGGGUUCCAGGAGAUGGUGAAGCUGCUGCUGAACAAAGGGGCCAACCUGAGUGCCAUCGAUAAGAGGGAGAGACAGCCUAUCCAUUGUGCUGCUUACUUGGGGUAUGUGGAAGUUGUGAAGUUGCUGGUGUCCCGCAGUGCAGACAAGAGCUGCAAGGAUAAGCAGGGCUACACACCUCUCCAUGCUGCUGCUGCAAGUGGUCACAUCGAAAUUGUAAAGUACCUACUGAGGAUGGGGGCAGAGAUUGAUGAACCCAAUGGCUUUGGAAACACUGCACUCCAUGUGGCUUGCUACAUGGGACAGGAAGCUGUGGCUACCGAGCUGGUGAACCACGGAGCUAAUGUUAACCAGCCCAACAAGUGCGGCUACACCCCUCUGCACCUGGCCGCCGUCUCCACCAACGGUGCCCUCUGUCUGGAGUUGCUGGUCAACAAUGGGGCAGAUGUCAACCAGCAGAGCAAAGAAGGGAAGAGCCCCCUGCACAUGGCAGCCAUUCACGGACGCUUCACACGCUCUCAGAUCCUCAUCCAAAACGGUGGGGAAAUUGAUUGUGUGGAUAAGUAUGGCAAUACUCCUCUCCACGUUGCUGCUAAGUACGGCCAUGAACUUCUGAUCAGCACUCUGAUGACCAACGGAGCAGACACAGCCAGACGUGGGAUCCACGGAAUGUUCCCUUUGCACUUAGCUGUGCUGUACGGGUUUUCAGACUGUUGUCGCAAGUUACUCUCCUCAGGUCAGCUGUAUAGUAUAGUUUCAUCCAUGAGUAAGGAGCACAUACUAUCUGCUGGGUUUGACAUAAACACCCCUGACAACUUUGGGAGGACCUGUCUACACGCUGCUGCCUCUGGAGGAAAUGUUGAAUGUCUGAACUUGCUCUUAAGUAGCGGUACCGACUUGAAUAAGAGGGACAUAAUGGGAAGGACACCGUUGCACUAUGCGGCUGCUAAUGGGAGGUACCAGUGCACUGUGACCCUGGUGAGCGCUGGCGCUGAGGUCAACGAGCCUGACCAGACAGGCUGUACUCCCCUGCACUACUCUGCCGCCUCCCAAGCCUUCAGCAGAGUUGAUCGUCAUUUUUCUGGGAACCAUCAGAAUGACGAGGAUGAGGCGAAGGAGUCGUACUUCUGCUUGGAGCAUCUUUUGGACAAUGGUGCUGAUCCAUCGAUGGUCAACUCAAAGGGUUACAGCGCUGUUCACUAUGCAGCUUACCAUGGCAACAAACAGAACCUGGAGCUGCUCCUGGAGAUGUCCUUUAAUGCACUAGGAGACAUAGAGAGCAGUAUUCCAGUCAGUCCUCUGCAUCUUGCUGCUGAUAAGGGUCACUGGCAGGCUCUGCGUGUGCUGACAGAAACUGCAGCCUAUGUGGAUAUGCAGGACGCUGCAGGCCGUUCUGUGCUCUACUUGGCCGCCCAGAAAGGCUACGCCCGCUGUGUGGAGGUGCUCUUGGCUCAGGGGGCCUCCUGUCUCCUCAAUGACAACCGCCUCAUGUGGACUCCGAUUCAUGUUGCAGCUGCCAAUGGUCACUCUGACUGCCUGCGCAUGAUGAUUGACUACGGGGAGGAGGGGGAUCUCACCAACGUCGCAGACAAAUUUGGCCAGACCCCUCUGAUGCUGGCUGUUCUGGGAGGUCACACUGACUGUGUCCACUACCUGUUGGAGAAGGGUGCCUUGCCAGAUGCUAAGGACAAGAGGGGCAGCACAGCUUUGCACAGAGGGGCGGUGUUGGGCCAUGAUGACUGUGUUACAGCCCUGCUGGAGCACAAAGCUUCUGCACUGUGUCGGGACAUCCAGGGUAGGACACCGCUGCACUACGCAGCAUCCAGAGGCCACACGGAGAUCCUGGCCAGUCUGGUGCAGGCCGCCAUGGCAACAGACCCACAAGAUAAACUGCUGGACAACAAACAAUACACCCCAUUACACUGGGCUGCUUACAAAGGGCAUGAAGACUGUUUGGAGGUUUUACUUGAAUUUAAAACAUUUAUCCAUGAAGAGGGAAACCCUUUCACCCCCCUGCACUGUGCUCUGAUGAAUGGCCACAGCGGUGCUGCAGAGAGGCUGCUUGAAUCUGCUGGGGUCCACAUGAUUAACACCAGAGAUGCCAAAGGAAGGACCCCACUGCAUGCUGCUGCAUUUGCUGAGGAUGUUGCAGGACUUCAGCUGGUGCUUCGCCAUGGGACAGAGAUCAAUGCAGUGGACAAAAGCGGACGCUCUGCUCUGAUGGUAGCUGCUGAUAAGGGACACAGUGGCACCGUGGCCAUCCUUCUUCACCGGGCCAAGGCUGACCUGACACUGCUGGAUGAGAACAGGAACACUGCCCUGCACCUGGCCUGCAGCAAGGCUCAUGAGAUGUGUGCCCUGCUGAUUCUGGGGGAGAUCCACAGUCCCACUCUCAUAAAUGCCACCAACAGUGCUCUGCAAAUGCCCCUCCAUCUUGCAGCACGUAAUGGCCUGGCUACGGUGGUGCAGGCACUGCUGAGUAGAGGAGCCACUGUGCUGGCUGUGGAUGAGGAAGGCCACACUCCAGCUCUGGCCUGUGCUCCCAACAAGGACGUGGCUGACUGCCUGGCUCUGAUCCUCUCUACCAUGAAGCCUUUCCCCCAGCGGGACCCUUCCUCCUGCUCCUGCUCCUCUCCCACCGUCUCCCCCUCCCCGGGUCUCAACUUGCUGAAGCACUGCGGCAUCACCGCCGCCUGCGCCCCCUUGCCCAGCAACGGCCUCCACAACGGCUACGUCAAAGACCGUCACGGUGCACCGGUUGGCCUGGACGGGUGUCUGUCUGAGUGAGAGGUCUUUG